UUGCCUCCUGCAUCGAUGAGCGGAGCCGAGGCGCAAGACGCGCUGUUCAAAUCGGAGCCUGUUCCGUCGUCGCUCACGCGGGCCAACACCCGUCUGCAGUUCCCGCCGAGCUAUGUUGUCGUAGGGUGCUAUCGGCUAUUCACCGACAAGCUGCUGUACGUGCCUGCAUGGAAGAAGUGCCAGCACGGCACCCAGCGCGGGGCGGUCGUCGGUCUGAUCUGGGCCUUCCUGACCUUCGGCCUGCAGAAAAAGUUCAUCGAGGUCUUCCUCGCCAACUCGCCGCGCGUGACGGGCUUGUCGACGGACACGGUGUUUGGCUGCAAAGUGCCGUUCUCGGUGCACACGUACGCGGCGGCGCUGCUGCUCGGCAGCCAGGUGACGUGGAUCCUCCGCUUCUUCCUGGCGCGCAACAUCCGCGUUGCAAGGGAGCGCGCGUGGGAGCAGACCGUGGCGUCCAGAGGGAAGAGCGCCGACUUUUGGAUUCCUUAUGUCGAAGUGCGACCUCCCCGGGCUGAUAUUCUGCCAUUUAUGCGUUGCAGGAAUGGCAGCACCCGCCGCGCGUCGUCGUCGACACGUGGACCGGGCGCAUGCAGAAGCAGUGGCUGGGCUACGCAGUCGUCUUUGCAAUCAAGCACAUCCUCCUUCUCCCAUUCAACCUGUACCCCGGCAUCGGCAUCGUCGUCGCCGCGUGGUUCAAGGGCCUCGGCACCGCGCACAAACUCCACCGCCAGGCGCUACUUUGCAGCGAAGAAGAUGACCGACGAGCAGGUCGCGGUGUUCAUGGAAGAGCGCAAGUGGGACUACCGCGGCACGGCAUUCGGCUUCGCCGCGGCGCUCCUCGAGGGCCUCCCGAUCGUCGGGCUCGUGUUCACCGUGUCGAACCGCGUCGGCGCGGCGAUGUGGGCGCACGAUCUGGAGAAGCGGCAGCAUUAUGUGGCGGCGCAGCAGGUCGCGAAGGGGAAGUAA